AUGGAUAGUUCGAAUAAUAGAAGCGAGGAAAUGGAAAUUAAAACAGAGAUAGCAUUCUUCGACGUUGAAACCACAGUUCCGACCAGGCCCGGCCAGGGCUAUGCUAUACUUGAAUUCGGAGCCAUUCUUGUCUGCCCCAAGAGGCUAGAAGAGAUGAGGAGCUACUCAACCUUGGUCCGACCCUCCAACCCAAACCUCAUAUCUUCAUUGUCCGUACGGUGCAAUGGUAUCACCCCACAAGCCGUGGCUUCAGCACCAUCCUUCGCAGACAUUGCUGACACGGUCUACGACAUUCUCCAUGGGAGGAUAUGGGCGGGACAUAAUAUAGUGAGAUUUGAUUGUGUGCGAAUAAGAGAGGCUUUUAUGGAGAUCGGAAGGACAGCACCAGAGACAAGGGGGACUAUUGACUCUUUAGCAUUAUUGACUCAGAGAUUUGGAAGGAGAGCUGGUGACAUGAAGAUGGCUAGUCUUGCAACUUAUUUUGGGCUUGGCAACCAAACACAUAGGAGUUUAGAUGAUGUAAAAAUGAACCUUGAGGUUGUUAAGCAUUGUGCUACUGUUUUAUUCUUGGAAUCAAGCCUUCCAGACACAUUUCCUGAAAAACAUUGGGUUUCCCCUAAUGCUACCACAAGAAGUCGUAGAAAUGGAAAAUCCCCAGGCCUAGACACGAAUGCUUCAUCUUCGAGUUCACAGAUUAAAAGCACCCCUGCUCUGUCUCCAGAAAAAGAUAGAACUGCAGAAAAUCGUCCUAACUUUUCUCUUCUUACAAGCAGCAUUGCUGAGGAGGUACCAGAUUCUGUUGCAUCUAAUGCAGCUCGACAAGAUCCAUUUGACAUGGUCUCACUUGGCAAUGAAAUGAAUACUGCCUCUCUUCAACCAGAUGUCGCCAUGGAGCAAAACCCUAUGCUUCAGUCUCAUGAGAUGCCUUCUACGGUGACUGUCCCUGAAAGUUGCAGUGGCUUUGUGGAUUUUUUAGAGCUGGAUGAAGUUUCUGUUCCUUCUAUUAAAGCAUUUCCUGUCCCAUUCUUUCACGGGAGUCAAAAAAUCAAAUUAUUUUACGAGGGGGCCAUUUUGCAGAUUCGCUGUCCUAAGUUGAGAAUACGGUUCGGAUUAAGUACAAAGUUUUCUGAUCAUGCUGGCCGGCCACGGUUGAGUUUUGUGGUUGAUGCAUCACCAAGUUUAUGUAAAGUUCUCGAUGCAUGUGAUAGCAUUGUGCAGAAAGUGUUUGCAGAUUCCGGUUGUUGCUCUGAUUGGAGGAGUGUUGUUAUCAGAAAACAGGGCUUUACCAACUACCCUACUGUGAGAUUGCACAUACCUACCAGAGUAAAUGGGGAUAUUGCUCAAUAUGCAACGGAUAUAUAUCAGAAAGAACCACCUGGAACCACACAAAAGCUCAUAUUCAGUAAGUUCGACCCUACAGAGCUACAUAACUGGUUCAAACCAGGGACCUUUGUCGAUUCAUUCUUGUCCUUGGAUCCAUACGACUAUCAGCAGAUUACUGGCAUCCGUUUAGUUGCAAAAAAAUUAAUCAUCCAUAAUGAGUGA